AUGCUUUAUACGUUAUAAAUGUACUCUUCUUUUUUAAUUGAUUAUAUCGUAUAAGUUGAUAAUAAAUUCGAAUUCUUUUUAUAUAGGUUAUAUUUAAUUUUGCUUAUCAUUAUAUAGAAAAGGAAAUAAAAAAUAAAAAAAAAUAAAACACAAAUGCAUUUUUACGCUCCUGAUCCUGAGAACUAUGACUCUUGAGAUUCGAAAAAUCAAGGCAAGUUGGUCAAAGAAACCUCGAUUGGGUACUGAUUUAGCAUUGGGUUGUUCCCUGAUUGCAUUACACAAAAAUAUGUUUUGUUGGGGAAGUUCUAUUCAUGGGGAAUUAGGACUAGGUGGUAUUGAAGAUGAACAUAUUCUUAUUCCUCGUGAAGUGGACUUUCAGAAAUCUACAGAAGUUACAUACAUUGCAUGUGGUGAAAGUCAUACUGUAGUUAUAACGCGAGGUGGAGAAUUAUAUUCUUGUGGAAAUAAUGACUUUGGGCAAUUAGGACAUGAUAAAGGAAGAAAAAGGUUACGCUUGAUAUCAGGAUUAGAAGCAUUUGUAUUUAAAAAGGCAGCAUGUGGAGCAUGUCACACGGUAGCAGUUAAUGAAUGGGGACAAUUAUUUAGCUGGGGAUGUAACUCUGAAGGUCAAUUAGGAUUAAAUAUAUUAAACCCUACUGAAAAUAUACCACGUAUGAUAAAAACAUUAGGAACAAAUGUAAUUGUACAAGUAGCUUGUGGAAUAAAACACGUACUUGCGCUUACAAAUAAUGGAGAAAUCUAUGCUUGGGGUUCAAAUUUUGAAGGGCAAUUAGGCUUAGGUUCUGAUGUAAUUAAGGAGUUAAAACCCAAACUUAUUAGCAGCUUAAUUUCUUUACCUAUUGCAUUUAUUGCAUGUGGUGGUUAUCAUAGCAUAGCUAUAACUAAGUCAGGUGCCGUAUUUGGCUGGGGGAAAAAUUUAUUCGGACAAUUAGGACUAAAUGAUACACAAAGUAGACACCUUCCUUGCCAAUUAAGAACUUUGCGAAAUGCCAAAGUAUGUUAUGUGGCAUGUGGAGAAGAAUUUUCUGUGUUUUUAACAAUGGAUGGUGGUGUAUUUACUUGUGGUGCAGGAAUGUAUGGUCAAUUGGGACAUGGAAUUAAUAGCAAUGAGAUUUUACCUCGACAAGUUAUGGAAUUGAUGGGCAGUACUGUUACACAAGUGUCAUGUGGUCGAAGACAUACUUUAGCAUUCGUACCUUCACAUAGAAAAAUUUAUGCUUGGGGCUUAGGUGGUGCAGGGCAAUUAGGCAAUCGUGUUACACAAAGUGUUACUACUCCUCAAGUUGUAUUAGGACCAUGGGUACCUCCUAAUGGGUCAGCAAUGGUCAAACUCGACACACAGUUGAGUCCCUAUAUUACACAGUCCCUAGAUUGCAUCGUUAAACAUAUAUUUAGUGGAGGAGAUCAUUGUUUUGCCACUGUUAUUCCAAGAGAAGAAAAUAUGGAAUCAGAUGACUGUAGAGUAAUAGACUCUACUUCUCAAAUACUUAAUAUAUCUGAAGAACAAUUGGCAGCUUGUCAAAGAGUACCAAAAGGAUCUUCUGUUGAUCAUGAACUUAUGAUGUAUUUAGAAACCGUUUUUAAGAGUCAAUCUUGUAUAAAUGGAUCGUUUUUAUUUAAAAAUGAUACUCAUUAUGGUUGUUCAAGUAAAAACCAUGGAGUGGAUUUGGAUAUAGCAAUUAAAUCCUUUGGAAUAAUAUCAGAAUCGUGUAAUGAUACAAUUCAGGAACUCAUUUUUAAUAGCAUAACAGAUAGCCUUAUACCAUCUUUCUCAUCCUCUCCACCAGAUAUAGAAUCAUUAAGAGUAUAUUUAACAGUGCCUUUGUAUCAUGGUUUUGCAAAUCCUUUAAAUUGGAAUGCUUUACAUCAACCAUUUUGCAAAGCUGUUAUAAGCUUAAAAUCAGAAGCUCUUAAAGUAGUAAGCUCAUGGUGGAGUAAAGCUCCAUCUUAUUAUUUUGAAAGGCUUGUUCGUACUCACAAAAGUGUUGUUUUACAUAUUAUAAAACAAUCCAAACAUGACAAGAAUGUGUCGUGGAAUGUAUUGAGCAAACACGUUUUAGAAUUUUUAAGAUUAUUAAAUAAAUUGAAUCAUACUGCUGAAGAUGAAAUUAGGGUGUCUUAUUCGACGUUUCAUUUGCCAGAAUUAAUAGAACAUGUAGACAUUAAAGCUGAUUAUUUUAAAUGGUUGACGGAAAAAGACAAUUAUUCGAAUAACAGAAUGUAUUUCUGUAAUUAUCCUUUUCUUUUUGAUGCGCAAGCUAAAACCAUAUUAUUGGAAACAGAUCAAGCAAUACAGAUGCAAUCAGCAAUGAACGAAGCUGCAACUCGUGCUAUCACACAAAUGCUUUUUCAUCCAUAUCCCGCUAAUAGCAUGGAUACUAGACUCCAUAAUCAAUUUGUCACUUUGAAUGUUUCACGAGAAAAUAUUGUACAAGAUACUUUACUAGAAUUAUCUCAUUAUGAUUCCAGCGAUUUAAAGAAACCGCUAAGAGUAAAAUUUCACGGAGAAGAAGCAGAAGAUGCAGGAGGAGUUAAAAAAGAAUUUUUUAUGCUUCUUUUAAAAGAAAUACUAGACCCAAAAUAUGGAAUGUUUAGGGAAUAUGAAGAAACUAGAACUAUUUGGUUUAGUCAAGAUUCAUUUGAAGAUGAAGUUAUGUAUUCCUUAAUUGGUUUGCUAUGUGGACUUGUUAUUUAUAAUUUUAUAAUAAUUGAUUUACCCUUCCCAUUGGCUUUAUAUAAAAAAUUAUUACAUGAACCAGUGGGAUUGAUCGACAUUAAAGAAAUGUCUCCAGCAGUUGCUAAAAGUUUACAAAGUAUACUUGAUUAUGAGAAUCCAGAUUUUGAAGAGAUAUUCUGUUUAAAUUUUGAAAUAGUCAGAGAUGCUUUCGGUGAGAGAAAAACGUAUGAAUUAAUACCAGAUGGUGUCAAAGUUCCUGUUACAUUAAAAAAUAAAAAACAAUUUGUCGAUUUGUAUGUAGAUUAUAUUCUCAACAAAUCAGUGGAAUCCCAUUAUCAGGCAUUCCAUACAGGCUUUCACAAAGUAUGUGGCGGAAGAGUAUUAGAACUUUUCCAUAGUCAUGAAUUAAUGGCAGUGGUUGUUGGAAAUGAAAAUUAUGAUUGGGAAGAGUUACAAAGAAAUGCAACGUAUAAGGAAGGAUAUUUGGCGAAUGAUCCUACCAUUAUUUUAUUUUGGCAAGUAUUUCAUGAGUUAUCUUUGGAAGAAAAAAAGAAAUUUUUACUUUUCCUAACUGGAAGUGACAGAAUACCUAUACAGGGUAUGAAAGCAAUUAAGAUAAUAAUACAACCGAUGAGUGACGAACGUAUGUUGCCCGUUGCACAUACAUGCUUUAAUGUGCUUGAUCUCCCACGUUACCAAACUCGCGAAAGAUUACGCUAUAAAUUAUUACAAGCUAUUCAACAAACUCAAGGCUUUUCACUGGUGUGAACACAUAAAAGAUUAUUUUUGUAUUGUAAUAUAUUAUUAUAUUUUUUGCAAAUUCUAUUACAAAUUUUUUUUCUUUUUUUUUUUUAUUUUUUCUUUAUUUUUUUUUUUUUUUCUUUUUUUGUAAAAUAGAAAAUCACUAUGACGAUGUAAUUCUUCAUUGAUGUAAGUGCAUGUUCAAUUGACAAUUGUCGUCAUUUGUUCAUGCAUCUAAUUAAAACAGAUAGUUUAAUUGCGUCUUGUUACAUACUUGUUUUAUGAUUCAUACUAUAUAUCCAUUGAAAUAUUUCAAUAAUAUAUCACGAUAUUUGAAAGAUUUCAAUUCAAUAUUUGGUAUUAUCUAGUCAUAUUAUAAUAACAAUUUAUCUCUUAUCAUUCGCUUUACAAAACUAAGAUAUAUUCAAAUUAAUAUUCCAAUAAUAAUUAAUAAACCAAACAGAGAAAGGAUAAACAUAUAUUAGAGAAAGAAAUGUUUAAAAUUUGUUCAUUUAAUAGAAUUAUUAUAAAUUGCAUAGGAGAAAAGUUAUAACUCAGGGAGUAUUUAUUAUUAUAAUGAAAGAACAAUUUUUUAUAUGUCAUGUUUUAGAAUGCUUCAUGACAUUUAGUCAUGAUUUAUAAAAGGAUUUUAAAGAUAUGUAUUAUAAUAGAAGAAAAGAAUUUUGCUAAAAAGAUUACGCUUUUAACUAGAGAACAUAUUUUAUAUUUUUAACGAAUUUGAAAAAAAAAAAGUUUUAUUUCAUGAAAACACAUAUUACAUACACACAUACACACACAACCAAAUAGAGAAACUUGAAUGAAAUGUGUGUAUACACUGUCUGUUUGAAAAAGUCGUAUUUAUUCAUUUAUAGUAAAUUUAAGGGUUACUGAAUUAUCUCUGUUAUUGAGAAAAAGAAACGUUUGUGAUUUAAUUUUUUUUAUCGCGCUACGUAAUAAUAAUAAAGAUCCAAUUUUAUCUGAGACUCGUGUGAAGACACAUAUGUGCGUGUUAAAAAAAAAGGGUGAAAUUUGUAAAGAUCAUUUUAUUUAUCUCUCCACAACAAUAAAUUACAUAAUUACAAACGUAUCGUUAGUUAUUCAUAGACACGUUAGUGCCAAAUUUUAUUAUAAAAAGAGAUACGUUUUAUAGAAAAAAAAAGAAAAAAAGAAAAAAAAAAAAGAAAAAGAAAAAAAAUAAAAAAGAAAAAAAAACUACUAUGCGACAUCAAAUUAUGCUUUAGUGCGUUAAUGUGUUUUCUUCGAUUCCAUAAUAUAAUUAAUUAUAUAACAUUCGAAUAUCUCGUUCGUCUAUUGAUAUUAUUCUAUAUAUUAAUUCGAUAUCGUUUGAUCGUUUAAAUAUUCUUUGUUUAUUUCUAGCAUUAUUCGGGCAUUCAAUUUUCGCAUAUCAUUUUGCUAUGAACUUUUUCAUUUAAAAACGUAUAUAUAUAUAUGUCAUGAUCUCUAAAAGUGUCAACACGAAAGAAAAAGAAACGUAGAAAGCAUACUUGUGCAUAAAUUUGUUUCAUAAUUUUUUUUUCUUAUCAAAAUGUUUAUGCGACUAAAGAAAAAAAAAAAAAAAAGAAAAAAGAAAGGAAAGAAAAAAAGAAAGAUAGAAUGAUGUAAAAUUAUGAUAAUUUACGGGUCGGUCAGUCUCUGUAAAUAGAUACAUACAUACAUAUAUACAUAUACAUAUAUAUAUAUAUAUAUAUAUAUAUAUAUGUAUAUGUAUAUAUAUAUGUAUAUGUAUAUAUAUAUUCUCGACACAGGAAAUCUGUACAACGAGCUUGCCAAGACCUAUCUAUAUGAAAAGAGAUGAGUAAUAUAUUAAAAUUAUGUUAAAUAAAAUAAUUCAUCAAUAAAGAGUCAGUCAUAUCAUUUCUCUCGAUGAAUCUAAUUUUGAAAAGAAAAAAAGAAAAAAAAAAAAAAGAACCUGAGAAACGUGAAACUUCAUUUCAA